UUCAAUGGUGUUUCCCGUGUUGAUAAGUUGGAUUUGAUGUUGUGCAAAAAUGUGGUGGUCAAACAACAAAUGGACUUUAAGCAGUAGGAUAUUCCACAAAACAAAUCAUGACCGAGUCAUCUGAAGAUGGCAACUACCUGGUGCGCGUGCGUGCACAGGUGAUGUCGCGGGACGACAGCUCGGGCGGGUGGGUACCGCUAGGCGGCGGAGGCCUCAGCAACGUGUCGGUGCGGAAGCGGCCGCGGCCCUGCCCGUCGGCGGCCGCGCCACCGCCACCGCCCGGCUCCACCCCCGACCCCACCGUCAAGCCCAAGCACGACUAUCUCAUCUACGGCAAGAGGAUCAGCGACAAUUCGAUUGUCUUGAGUUGCACCAUCAAAAAGGACUUUGAGUACAACAAAGUGAUGCCAACUUUUCACCACUGGAAAACCGGGGACAAAAAAUUCGGACUGACCUUUCAGGCGGCUGCGGACGCGCGCGCUUUCGAUAAGGGGGUGAGGACCGCUGUGGAAGAUCUGCUGGACGGUUUUGCGGACACCUCUCCCUCUUCUCCGUUGCCAAAAUGUCCUAAAGAUGUGGGUGACGACGAUGUCUUCAUGACGCUGGAUCUUCCUCAAGAUCCUAAAGAUUCCCGCAGUUCGAGCGACUCGAGCACUAAAGGCACCGAACAUCUCCACAGAAUAACUUACAUCGGACGUGAUAAACCAUUAGAACCUCGGCAGCCUACUUAUGAUCCAAAUAAAGGCGGAAAAGGUGAAAACUACCCCUACGUCCAGCUAACGGCCGUACACGAAUACAUCUACCCAGCGGAAGACCAGCAGAAGCCCUCACUCCUCCGUCGAGAUUCCACGUCCAGCCUGAAGAAGUGCGGCCUGGGCAUGGAGAUGAACCCCUCGCAGCAACCCCCCCUCCCACUCAAAAUCAAACACAAGUCGAAGGCGCAGGUGAGGUGUCGGCACUGUAACGAACUCUACGUGGAGGACAAGAACCCGAGGGGAGCGUGCGAGUACGCUCCCGACGUAGUCAGGUCCACGAUCAACGCGAUCACCUGCCUGGGUUGCGCGCAGUGCGUCUGCUACCAUUGCGCAUCGGACGCGGAGGGCGAAUUCGCACAGCACCCCUGUGACUGUACGGACGAUGAGAAUUGCACGAAGAGGUGGUGCUGCUUGACUUUCCUGUCGAUAUUCGUGCCGUGUUUGUGGCUGUACCCGCCCCUCAAGAUAUGCCAUUGGUGCGGUGUGAGGUGCGGCGUGUGCGGGGGGAGACACAGUAUGUGAUCCAGAAAUGCUAUUUUACGAUAUUAGGUUUAAAGUCUUUGAAAGUUUCAAAACGGUGGCUGUUGAAAUCGACUUGCUCUCUCUUCUCAUAAGAUAACAAAGUUCAGUUCGUGAUAAUUACAUCUGGGCUCUGGAUCUGUUACGUCCUAGGUUUAAGCUGAGGGCUGACGUAUUUUUUUAACUCCCGGAAAAUAUCAUUUAUCGAUUGGAAUGGGAAACGGUUAAUACUUUACCUUUUUUCAAUGGAGGAUGUGAUCUCGGAAUUUCGGAUAAAAUAUUGAAAUACUUAGAGAGUGUAACUUUGAAUUUGGGUCAUAUUUAUUUAUUUUUUUAAUUUCGUCGGGAAAACUUUUUUUUUUAACUUUUUGUCGUAAUUUUUUGGUGCUAUGGCUCUCAUUGCUGCUAAAUCUCAUCUUUCUUGAUUAUAUACGUUUCAAAAUUUAACAACGAAGACACACAAACACGACAUACCGUCACGAAACAUUAAAAUAAAUAACUAUGAUGUCAUACAUUUAUUUACAUGGAAUACCACUUUGAAUUAAACUUAAUUUAACAACAAACUAAUAGUUCACAGAGAAAGUCGUAAAAUGACCUAGUAAACUGAUAAACUGGAAAAAAAAUAAAUGUAAUAAAAUGAAGCGGCGACAUAUUCGGCCAUUCAUGUAUUGUCGAAUUAUCCAGCGCCCUAUUGUCGUAUCACAUCAAUUUCAAACGUCAUUGACGCUGAUUCACAAACUAAACACAGUGCUUUAAAUAAAUAAUGUCGAAUACCUUUUAAUUUUCAUGAAGAGGGCUCCAUAGCAAAUAGGCCACCAGCAAUACAUUUUUAUAGAUUUUAUUACACAGUUUGUCUAAAUAUGAAUUAAUGCAGAA